CGCGGCGGCAGCAGCGGAGCCGGGAGCGAGCGGCGGAGCAGAGAGAGCCAUGGCUAGAGAUGGCGAGGGACGCGGCCAGACACCCGCCGCGGCUGCGGAGCCUGGCCUGAGGGAGCGGGGGCCCUAGGACCGACCCGACGGCGUCAACCAACAACAGAAAAAAACCAACUAAUUAAUAAAUUGCCACCACCACCCCAAAAAAAAAAAAAAAAAGGAAAAAAAAAAAGGAAAAAAAAAGGAAAAAAAAAAAAAAAGGAAAAGCCACCAGCCCGGCAGCAGCACCGCCACCACCAGCCCACAGCGCCCGCCCGCCGCUGCCGGCCCCACGGGAGGAAACGGCCCGCGGCCGCCGCGAAGAGCUCCGGGACUCCCCGCCGCCCACCAGAUAGAUGUGCGGACCAGCCGCCCGCACGGCCGACGAUGAACGCGCAGCUGGCGAUGGAGAACAUCGGCGAUCUGCACGGGGUGAGCCAUGAGCCAGUGCCCGCCGCCGCCGACCUGAUGAGCGGCAGCCCCCACCACCGGAGCGCGGUGGCCCACCGCGGCAGCCACCUGCCAGCCCACCCGCGCUCCAUGGGCAUGGCGUCCAUCCUCGACGGCGGCGACUACCACCACCACCACCGGCCGCCCGACCACGCGCUGACGGGCCCCCUGCACCCCACCAUGACCAUGGCCUGCGAGACACCCCCCGGCAUGAGCAUGAGCAGUACCUACACCACGUUAACCCCUCUGCAGCCUCUACCUCCCAUCUCGACGGUCUCGGACAAGUUCCCUCACCACCACCACCACCAUCAUCACCACCACCACCCCCACCAGCGGAUACCGGGCAAUGUGAGCGGUAGUUUCACGCUCAUGCGGGACGAGAGGGGUCUGGCGUCUAUGAACAAUCUUUACACCCCCUAUCAUAAGGAUGUUACCGGCAUGGGGCAAAGCCUCUCUCCGUUGUCUGGAUUGGGCCUGGGGAGCAUCCACAACUCCCAGCAAGGGCUGCCCCACUACGCUCACCCCAGUGCCACCAUGCCCGCCGAGAAAAUGCUCACCCCUAACGGAUUUGAAGCCCACCACCCUGCCAUGUUAGCCAGGCAUGGCGACCAACACCUUACCCCCACCUCCGCUGGCAUGGUGCCUAUCAACGGGAUCCCACACCACCCCCAUGCCCACUUGAAUGCCCAGAGCCACGGGCAGAUCCUGGGCUCUGCCAGGGAGCAAAACCCUUCUGUAACUGGUUCGCAGGUCAACAGUGGAAGUAAUUCAGGGCAAAUGGAAGAAAUCAAUACCAAAGAAGUAGCUCAGAGGAUCACCACCGAGCUCAAGCGGUACAGCAUCCCCCAGGCUAUCUUCGCCCAGAGGGUGCUGUGCCGCUCUCAAGGGACCCUCUCAGACCUGCUGAGGAACCCCAAGCCCUGGAGCAAGCUCAAAUCGGGCCGGGAGACCUUCCGCAGGAUGUGGAAGUGGCUCCAGGAGCCGGAGUUUCAGCGGAUGUCUGCUCUGCGGCUGGCAGCGUGCAAGAGGAAAGAACAAGAGCACGGGAAGGAUAGAGGGAAUACACCCAAAAAGCCUCGGCUGGUCUUCACGGAUGUCCAGCGUCGAACUCUACAUGCAAUAUUCAAGGAAAAUAAGCGUCCGUCCAAAGAAUUGCAAAUCACCAUUUCCCAGCAGCUCGGGUUGGAGCUGAGCACCGUCAGCAACUUUUUCAUGAAUGCACGGAGGAGGAGUCUGGAUAAGUGGCAAGACGAGGGCAGCUCCAAUUCAGGCAACUCAUCUUCUUCAUCAAGCACUUGUACCAAAGCAUGAAGGAAUAACCACGAACUAAACCUCGGUGGAAAAGCUUUAAAAAUAAAUAAAUAAAUAAAAAAUAAAAAACAGACCAGGACCUCAAGAUAGCAGGUUUAUACUUAGUACUAUUUGAAAAAAAAUGUUAUUUAUAAGUCCAAAGAAACCAAAGACUUAUUUCACCUGCAUUAUGACUUUGUUCUAAGACACACUUUAGUAGGAUGACGACUUGCAAAAAACAGAGCGGAAGAAGAAAGCAAAGUGGAGGGAAUUAAAGAGAACGUGGAGAGAAGAGAAGCAGACCACUGGUCUUACACCUUCACCCAUGAUCAUCUUCACCGUGCUUGGCUGUUUAGUGGUUUGGAGCAUAGUGAUUUCUUGUCAUUGAAUGGACAUCUCUUCAGAUAUGGCUCUUCAUUUCCACAGUAGUUGCCAUGAAGGUGUAUAGUGUGUCUGUACUGCGUACACGCCAGUGGUUAGGGACUUAGUCAGGGCUGGUCUUCAGAGAGGGUUGUGCCAUGGCACGGCCAACACAGCGUGGAGUCGUCUGAAUCCAUUGGAACGGUAGUGUGAUUUUUGCUGUUUCAUGGUUUGAACUUAACCAGUGCAACACCUGGAAACGAGUUCAAACUAGGCAAAGAAAUUUUGAAUGGUACCUAAACCAGUGCAUUCUCUUUGUUUGUUAAGGAAUGUUCAGAUUUAAAAAAGGAAAACUAUUCCAUCCAUUAAAAAAAAAAAUUGACUAGCUACCAAAGAACACAUUUAAUAAUUAUAUUGCAGGUAUUUUAUUGCAAUGAUUUUAAUAUUCCAAAGCUAUUUUUACACAAAAUACUAUGUAGAGUUAUAGGUAUAAACUAAUCUAACUGUAUAACACAUCAAACUUGUAAUCAAGACUGUUAUUUGCAAUUAGUAAAACUACAUUAUUGUUUCUUUCCAUGGCUGGCAAGAAAGAAUGUCAUGUGAGGGGAUGGCAGCCCCUGUCACAGCACAGGUACUGGUAGUGGGAUGUUGCUCCUGUUGAAGCCAGGGAGCCUUUUUGCUGCUGACUUCAAAGGGAGCAAACGAGCUGUUGCAUCCAUGUGUAAGGUGGUGGUAGCUGUGGUGCUGCAUCCUGCUCUCCCAGGCUGGUGCUGCUGGCAGUGCUGGGUGCAGGCCCUGCACUUGGUGCAGCUCAGCCCUGCCAUCCAGCCUGCAGACGGGCACCCAGGCCUGCGGGAUGCAAAGCCCAGCUGAAUUGUGAGGUGUAAAACCACAGGGCUCGGAGGCUGAUUGAUGCUCAUUGACAUUAGUGGGCUUUUUUUUUUUUUACCUAUUGACUUUACCAGGCAAAGGAGUAGCAGUAGCUUUGGAGGCUCGUGGUCUUUUCCUACGGGGAACAGUGGUACAUCAGUCAGUGCCGGUGGGAAGAGCUCCAGCGGGAGCUGCAGUGGGGCUUUUGGAAGGCCAAAUUGUGGUGCCUCUGAAGUCAAUAGCAAAAUUCCCGUGACACCAAGAUACAGCCUGAUAUUUCGUGGCUUCCUAUCUGUGUGUAGCAGGCUAAGCUUUUGGCCUAUGCAUUCUUUCUUGUCAUCUAUGAAUCAGGAUAAUGCAUGAAAUAGUUUAAAGUUUUUAGAUGAAAAGCUUUAAAUGCUCUGUUGCUAACAGACCCAUAGGAGAGAGAUCAUCCCAUUCCUACUCUGAUAAAAUGAAAAAGAAAAGCGUGCAACGUCUGCAUAUUAAAUUUUAGUGCAAGGGGAAAAUAGACUUUAUAAACCAUAUAUGUGCCUGUUAGAUUUCUAACCGGUGUUUCAAAUUACUGCAGUGAUUCUACUAGGUAUAUUAAAUUGCAGUAUAACCAGAUCUGCAGAUAUAGGCCCAAUGCAAGGAUUAGAAAUAGGUAAUCUUAAUUACAACCUUUAAGAAAAAAAAAAAAGAAAAUAAAAGAAAAUUCAAGGUAAACCAGAAGCAAAUGACCAUCAACAUUAGCAGGUACUGAUUUUUGGGAUGAAGCCCACUCAAAAUAUUAGUGACACCAAACUUAAGAAACCUUGUAGCACCAGUUAUUUCCCAAGAGGACAGGGUCUAGUCAAGGUUCAGGGUAUACAGUUAAAUUCCAGUAAGUGUUUAGAAUACAGCUGAAAUAUCUCUUUAUUAAAAUAAAGUCAAAUUAAACCAAGGUUUUUGGCACCAAAUAUUUAUCCACAUUUUCCUACGUUAACCUCACUUUAAGACUGACAAAGCAAUUGUCAAUGAAAAUGUAAUCUAAUCCAUGAGUUUUUUGAGUCUCUAGCUUAAAUUUUAGCAAGCUUUCUUUUAAAGUGUUCCAUCCCCACAGAGACAUGACUGACAUGGAAACAUUAAUAAGCUCACAUAUGAAGUAUCUUGUUAAUGCAGUCUCAUUAGUGUAAGGUUAAUAAAGGACAGGUGAUAACUAACAUUUUAGGGUUUUUUUCCAGCAAAACACUGCUUUGUAGCGUACCUAUAGUUUAGAAAAGAAAGCCUUAUUUAUUUAAAACUUGAGAAUUUAAAAAUGCAGGGAAAUUCAAAGUACAUUACCACAUUUUUUAGUAUUUCCAUUGUAUUGUCUUGAGAGACUACUUGCUGAAACCAAAGAGAACUUUCAUACCAGCAUUAAAUUUGCACCCAAUAUGCAAUUUCAGGAUCUCAGAUACACACACACUCAAGCCCCUGAAUAGUCUGUGUAUACAUACAUACACAUUUUUCUGAAGGUAUCUGUGUGUAUACAUAUGCACAUAUACAUCCACACACACUAAAACUGAUGCACAAGUUAUAGAUUUGAAGUGGUUUGGGUUGUUUUUUUUUUACUUGGCUGUUUAAGUAUAUAUAAAGAUUUUGGUUCCUUAUAAGCCAUUAGGAACAAAACCACUCUCCCCAUAAGCAAUACAUGCCUCAUACUCAGAACAGGCAAAGAACACACUUUUCUUUAAUUCCUUUCAACACAUGAAGCAAAUAACUACGGAACUGCUUAUUCUACCUGUAAAGCUGUUUUACCUCUGAGCAGACUGCCCGACCACACGGACUGAAGCCUGAACAGUUUCCCUGGUGCUCCCUGGCUUGGCUGUUCCUUGGCAGGGUGUCCUUAAAGGGGAGCUGUUGUCCACAGCUGCACUUUGUGUUACCCAGGACAGCCUGUCUCUGUCCUGGUAGUGUUACUCUAUCGAUUCACUUCAUUCCUGACAAAAUGGAAAUUAGUUUCAAAUUCAAAAAAAUAGGACUUCAAAAUCUGCCAGGAAGGAUUAGGAGAAGGAGCAGAACCUGAAACAGUUUGGGAGAUGGGGCUUCAGUCGCAGGUGGCUCCACAGGCGAGAGGGCAUUAGGAAGGCGUGUUCAGCUCACAGGCUGCAUCCAAACCUGACCACAGGCACCCACGAGGGGAGGCUGGCCAAGAGGUGAACUGUCCGCAUCCAUCCCCAUUGUAAAUGGCAUUAUCAGCUUUCCAGGGAAAAAAAAAAAAAGUUUAAAAAAAGUUAAAAAGUUUAAAAAAAUAAAACUGAGACAGAUGUUCAGACAACCCAUCCGGCUGCGUUGGCCCCGCACGGCUUUCCAGGCGCCUCCGCCUCCUCUCCUUACUCAGGUAAAGCAAACCCAACAGAGCGAGCGAGCCCACCAUGGGGCUUUCACUUGAGAAUUUGCUCCAGUUCCAGCCAAUGCCAGAUGCAAAUUCCCAAGUGGAUGAAGUGGCUGGAGGGUGCCCCGUCGCCCCAGCCCACACAGGGCUGCCCACAAGCAGCGCUUUUCUCCUGACAGGGGUUUCAGGAUAAGGCUGGGUUGGUGGAGGGCACUGCCCGUGGGGGCUGCUGCUGCCUGGAGGUCUUGGAAACACCACUGAGCUUAUACCAAAGAGUCUUAGGACACCUCUCCUCACCUGAGUUGUAAACAAGACAUAUAUACCCCAAAAAACAGUCCUUCUUUCUACUACUCUUCCUCCUAUCCUCCUCUUCUCCCUCCUCCUUUGUACAUAAGGAUGAAAACUAUGCAUUUAGCAAACAAAGAGAAAGCACUUACCCUUUUCUAUCUCGCUGCGUUUGGGUGCAUUCAAAGGCCCAGGGGCUAAUUUUGAGAUUUUGCUUAGCCUCCUGGUUUAUUAUUGUGGUGUGGUUAGCUUUACAAUACAUUUGGUAACUAUUUGCUAAAGACAAAGAAGCAAAAGGUAAGGGAUAGCUACUUCCACGUGUUAAAAAAAAAAAAAAAAAGAAAAAAAAAAGAAAAAAAAAAGUAAAAAAAAAAUGUGUAAAGAUCUACUAUUUAUAGUGUGAACCAAAGACGCUACCUCACUCGAUUUCCAUUGGUGAUUUUAAUCACAUUGAUGAUACCAAAGAAUACCAAAGAUUUUUCAUGCACGGCCUUGGUCUGGAAAGGGAACUCAUCCUCCUUCCUACUCCUGUCCUCCCUGUCCCCCUUCCUCACCUUCACUCAGUGUGUAACCUUGUCUUCAUUCUUAGUGGUAAUGCGAAUAACCUUACAAAUACUUCUCUUGCUACAACUGCUACUACUGACGAUGAUAAGGAUAAUAAUAAUAAAGCUCUAGGCAAACAUGUUGCAAACUUUGUAAACUCAUAGGACGAGUGCCUUGCUUGAACCAAAGUGUUAAACCGCUGUUGACCUCUUUAUCUCUCACCUUAUACUCUUUGAAUACCUCAGCCUCUUAGAAAGGCCACUAAUGAAAAAAGGAAUAAUUCUUCACCGUGGUGCUUUUUGCCGUGCAACCAUGCAAUGAAACUUUCUUUGAUACCAAAGGAAAAUGUUUUUUUCCACUUUCUUGCUGACAAACCAAAGGUUCUCUCUUCUUUACCCCAAAGCAGCUUGAGUCCCUCAGCCCAGACAGGCCGUGCAUCGCUUUUACCAAUUCCUCCAAAUACCUCAUAGUAAUAAAUCUUUAGGGUUAUGUUGUAUAGAGAGUCUAUGUGAUAAGGCAGAACUUACUAGUUUGAUAAUUGUUAAGGUUACUUAAAAAAAGCUUUAUAAUUCUUAUUUAUUUUGUAGGGGUUGUUUUGUUUGUAUAUUCCUUUUAUAUCGUUUGGUUUGGGUUCGGGUUUCUUCUUUUUUCCUUUUUUUUUUUAUUUUUGGCAGAACUUCUCUGUUAUACUCAAGGAAGAUCUUAUUCCUGGGAAUGUUUCAAAGUGGGUAAAGAUCACUGUUUGCAAUGAAUGCAAAAAAGGGAAACAUGGUUUUGAUUACUUCUUUUUUUUCAACUAGGAUGCUUUGUGUUUGCUAGCGGAUGUUCUUUUCACAGGGUAAAAAAAAAAAUAUUCUCUGCUGUGAUAAAUGGUUCCUAUUUUUUCUCUACAAUGUGCUGUGAUUUUUAAUUUAAUUACAUUUUGUAUACGCUUAUUUAAUCACUGCUUUAAUUUAUGACUAUGUAGUUUAAAAAAAAAAAAAAAGUUUGUAUAUAGUAGAUUCAAAAAUGGCCAAAGCUUUAUGUUACAAUCUUUUCAUUCUUGAUGCUGAGAUGAACUGAAGGAGAGUGCUUCUCUUGACUGCAGGGUGUAUCUUCAGCCUUGUCUUGGCAUGCACUUCCACCCGUGUUACAAACACUGCCAGGUUAUCCCCCCAGGCCUCCCUUCCCUACAACUUGUACAUGCCAAAAUGAGUGUUUCAAGGUAGUACUUUCGUCACUUAGAAAGCAGAAAGGCAUUAUUGGUGUGUUUUUCCUUUAAUUUAUUUGUCUUUUUUCUAGAAAGGUUGCUUUGUGGGUGAGACCCGCACAUCCAAAGAACUUAAGAGUCGUUUAAUGUUUAAAAGCACUGGCAUUUGUGAGAGACUUUGCUGAGUUUUUGUUUUCCUUCGCCAUUCGCACGGGUAGCGCAAGUAGCAGGCGCAAGCCUUGGGAGAAAAGCUAGCUUGAACUUGGAAGCCUUGCUCAUGGAAAGGCCUUCACCAGCCCCCCAGGUACCUGCGGGGCUUCUCCUCCCCGGGCCCAGCCGGGGGUGGCCAAGGGGCAGCAGGCAUUGGGAUGGUGUGGGCCAACCCAGCUGGGGGAGUGCUCAAGGGCUUGGGCCACCACCGUGUCACCUGCUCCCAGCCAGGGCCACAGAUGGGGAUGGGAUGGGAUCCACCAGGUACAGCCAAGUGUCCCAGGAGCUGUGGCCACAUCCAGGCUCAGGGACGGUGUCAGAGCACCUGCCCCAGCCCCCCAGCCCUAGGGAGGAAAAAGCAGUUUUGAGUUGGAAAGCAAAAGAGUAAUGACAAUGACAAUUCUGCAAAGCUGAUGAUGGCAUCAGGGCACAGAAAAUAGGAUGCCACUCACCUGUGUUUUAUUUUGCGUAAAUAAUAGAUUCUGUUUCAACUAAAUGUUGUGUACUGACAUGGUUUGUGAUGGCUGUAAAUAUUUCCUUUCCCCGCACAGUAGCUGAGCUCCAGGUGUACCUUGUUUUCCUUUGGGGGGAUACAGAGGGGUUGAGGGAGGGAAGGACAAGGGCAGGGUUUGAGCUUUUGGUCAGAAGUUACACUUUCUAGGUACAUUUUUAUACUUCAAGUAUUGAAAAGGGGCAAUAAAGAUGCUCUGAAACGCAGGAUCAUCAAAUGGUCUGUUGGAGGCAUUGGCUGAACGUCUGCUUUUCUUACCUGAACUAACGCCGUGCAAUGAGUUAUGUUUCACAUGAGAGGGGGGAGACAAAGUAUUAGUCUACGAAUCCAGCAUGAACCAUCGUGCCCUGGACAGAACUGUACUUAGGAAGGACAUGGUUUCUUUUCCUGUUCUGGUAGUUUUGAUUUUUCAUGGUCUGUUCUGCAUUUAUUGCAUCCUCACUGUGGAACCGCGUUAGUUUUGCAGUCUGAACCGAACAACAGUGUUAAAUGAAAAUAAACUUUAAAGCAUUGUCUUUUACUUGCUUUGGUAGUUGUCUUCAUAACCCCCUGCCCACAGUCUAGUCCCAGCUGAGCUGGCACUGGGGCCCCCCCCGGCCCCGCUCUGCGCCACCCCCCCCCACCUGCCCCUUAGCUCCAUCCUGCGCCGAGCAAAGAGGGCUCCAGAGACAAUCACAGGUCCCAGAUCCGUAGAGGUAGGAAAUCUUCCAAGAGCAAGAGGGAGUUCUUCCAGAGCAAUGAAACAAAACAAAAAAAAAAGAAAAAAAAAGAAAAAAAAAAAGAAAGAAAACAAAGCAAAGGUUUUGAUAAAAGACAUAAAAGACAACUUUGCUGUCAUUUUUAGUUUGCCCAUUAGGAAGCAGUAGUAGUUUAUGCGUUGCAUCUGCAUUUCAGACUAAGUGAUUAUUGUACCUAAUUACAGUUGAUUGCUAAUAUUUCCUCAAUCUCUCUCUUAGUCAAGCGCUUCUUCUUCUGUAUUUUUGUGUGUAGCGACGACAAGUGUGAUGCACUAGGCAUUCUUCUGGUUUGGUUAUGAGUAUCUCCUGUACUGCGUUAAGAUUUCCUUCAGUUACUUUUUUUAAGCUUGCUACUGUUCUCACUUUAUGCCGUGCAAUAUCAUCUGCUGUGUUUGCUAAGCAAAAAAAAAAAAGGAAAAAAAAAAAAAGAAAAGAAAAAGGAAAAAAAAAAGAAAAAAGCAAGUGAUGAUGUCAUCAUGCUUUUCAGUGUUACAAUGUUUCAGCGUUUAUGUAGUCACAAAAAUGUAGUAAAUAAAAGGUUGGAUUUUCCAGCACUUUAAAUUUA